CCCAACCCAACAAACACCACAUUUUGCAGCUGCUUCUAAUCUAUACGUGUUCUAGCUAAGCUAGCUAGCUAGCUCUCGUUCUCCGGCCAUGUCGACGAGGGCGCCCGUCGAGCUCGACUUCCUCGGCCUCCGCGCCGCCGCCGCCGACGCCGACGACCGCCACGCCAAGAGCGGCGGCUCCUCCGCCUCCUCUUCCUCCUCCAUCCGAGGGAUGGAGACGAGCGCGAUAGCGAGGAUAGGGCCCCACCUGCUGCGCCGCGUCAUCGCCGCCGCCGGACCUCCGCCACCGCCGUCGACGGCGCCGGUGCCGGAGGAGAUGCCCGGCGCCGCCGCCGCCGCCGCUCCGAUGACGCUCUUCUACAACGGUUCAGUCGCCGUCUUCGACGUCUCCCACGAUAAGGCAGAGGCUAUAAUGAGGAUGGCAACCGAGGCAACUAAAGCAAAAGGACUCGCUCGUGGCAAUGCAAUUGUAGGCAAUUUUGCCAAAGAGCCACUCACAAGAACUAAAUCUCUGCAACGAUUCCUCUCCAAGAGAAAAGAGAGGUUGACCAGCUUGGGUCCGUACCAGGUGGGUGGGCCCGCUGCCGUCGGUGCGACGACGUCGACCACCACCAAGUCUUUUCUUGCGAAGGAAGAGGAGCACACGGCGUCCUAGCUAGCCUCCUAGCUAGCUAAUUACUGUUGAUUUGGUCCCCUUGAUUAAUCGUUUAUUAUUAAUAAUUAUUUCAUUGAUUCCAUCAUUAGUAGAGGGUACAGACCAGGCAGGGGCCAGUUAAUAAUCCUGUUUAGUGUUGAUCGAUCGAUAGAUUAACCAUACUCCAUAUGUAGGUCUGUGUGUAAUAUUGAUUUAUAUAUAUAGUAGUAUCUAUAGUUGAUUACAAGGUCAUGGAUUUUAUGGAUGUGUAAAGCAAGCUUAGAGUGAAUAUUGGAUGCAUUUAUGAUUUAUACUAUGUAGUUGUACAAAUUACUCCAUCCAUGUGCCUGAGUUAUUUUGUUUUUUUAGACUGAACAUGUGCUGGGAACGAACACCCAUAUUAUUUCGCUUAUGAUAUGCUUAUCUGUAAGGUUUAUUAGUAAAUAAAAAUAAUUCAUGAGUAUUCAAAAGUAAAUUAACUCUAAAAUUAAAAUUUAAAAUUCAAAUUAACUCUAAAAUUAAAUUUUAAAAUUCAAAUUUUGACUUAGAUAAGCAUAAGCAAAACAAUAAGGCUGGAAAAUUUAUGGUCAUUAUAUCAGACUCUCCACUCUCAUUAAUGGUAGAUACAACAUUAGAUUUUCGAAAUGUUUUUGAAAUACAAAUAAUCAGAGGAUGUUUGGUAACAACGUGGAGUAUCAGGUGAAACAAUGUGCACUAAUCUUAUGGAUCACGGCUAUGAAUUCAACUCCGUUCUAUAGUGCCGAUGGAUGACGGAUAAAAAGUUGAGUUUAUAACAAUUACUCGAGGACAGAAACGGUGAUAGUCGACUUUUAAAAGAAGUUCACUUAAAAAAACAUGUUGAUGAAGAAAGUUUUUAUAAAAAGAUUAUACCACUUUGGAGUUUGAGGAAAUAUGCUUACGAUAAUCCUUCAAGUAGUCGACCUCAACCUUACCAUUACAAUUAGAAGUAUUCCAAGCUAACCUUUGACUGCAAGCGUCCAAUUAAACCUCACAAAUUUGCAAACACGUUUUUCUUUUUUUGGGUGUGUGUGGUUGUUGCUGUGGCUGAUGCAGUCAAAUUGUGAAACGAUUGGAGCAGAGAACAUCCAAAAGAAAAAAAAGAGCUUGUGGACAAAUCUUCAAGUCGACCAAAAACACAGCUAGGAGAAGUUGGGCAAUUUUUCUCGUCCUUUUGCUCACUAAUCACUAUCGCGUGAGCAGUCAGCCUCACGAUCAAAUUUGAAAACGUGGUAAAAA